AUGAAGGUUACGGGCAUCAAGAGCUACGCUUGCACGGAUGAUGAGGGGAAGCUGUAUUUUAUCGCGAAAGUGGAGACGGACGAAGGCAUCUAUGGGCUGGGCGAAGUCGGGAUACCGCGAUGGGGAAAUGCGGUCGCAAGCGCAAUUGAGCACCUGUCCGAGUUUGUAAUCGGGCAGGACCCGUUCAGCACGGAACGGCUGUGGCAGCACAUGUUUCGCGGCGGGUUCUUUCCGGCGGACAAGGUGUAUUGCUGCGCCAUUAGCGCGAUAGACAUUGCACUGUGGGACAUUAAGGGCAAGGCACUGAAGAUGCCGGUCUAUAAGCUGCUGGGCGGGCCGGUGCGCGACAAGGUGGUGUCGUAUCCACAUACGCAGGGGGGCACGACAGAAGAACUUGUGGAGAACAGCAAGCGGGCGGUUGCGGAUGGCUGGAAGUUCGUGCGCUGGGGACAGCCUGAGACGGGAGGCGUCUUCGAGUACCAAGGGAUGGACGGACUGCUGGAGCCGGUGGAGUCGAUGCGUAUCGCGGAAGAGCAGAUGGCGCUGGUGCGCGAUGCUGUCGGACCCGACAUACAGCUCUGCUUCGAUGUGCAUACGCGGCUGGACACUGCGCACGCCAUCCAGCUUUGCAAGGCGCUGGAACCAUAUCGCCCGUUCUUCAUUGAGGACCCGCUGCGGUCGGAGAAUACGGCGAGUUAUCGCACGCUGGCGCGCCAUGUGUCGCUGCCGAUUGCGGCGGGAGAGCAGUGGGCGAGCAAGUGGCCCUUCCGCGAGGUGAUCGAAGAGGAACUCAUCAGCUACGCGCGCAUAGACUUGUGCAUAGUGGGCGGGCUGACGGAGGCGCUGAAGAUUACGCACUGGGCGGAGACGCACUACAUAGACAUCGUGCCGCACAACCCACUGGGGCCGGUGAGCGCGGCGGCUUGCGUGAAUCUAUGUAUGGCGUCAACAAAUGUAGGGGUGCAGGAGAUGCCGAGGCGUCCGGGAAGCUAUGCGACCGACCUGUUUCCGCAGCAGAUUGACUGGGAGGACGGCUAUAGUUUUGUGCCGUCAGGCGCCGUGGGACUUGGCGUUGACUUCGACGAAGAGGCGGUGCAAGCGCGUGUUGUGGAUCCUACCGGAUGGCCGCCGCAGUUACGCCGCAACGAUGGCUCGUUCACGAACUGGUAG